AGUCUGCUGAGGAAAAGUGCUGCUGCUGCCGCUGCUGCCGCUGGAGAGAGUCUGCAGGAGACCAACAGGAAGGAAAGGCUGCGCAGGACGCCGCUGCUGCUGGUUUGGUUUUUUACUUUGCAGAGAGAAAAACUCCUGAAGCCCAGAGAGAAGUCCUGCUGUUGAUGACGGGUUUACUGGAGCGCUGCACUCCUGGAUAAACUGUGAGAAUCGGAUUAUCUGCGCUGAGUCGGGCUGUCCGUCAGACCGGGACGGACUGAAGAUGUCCCUGAGCUGCUGCCUCCUGCUCACCAUCAUCCUGGGACUCUCUUCCCGCUGCUCGGCCUCCUACGUGCCCUGCGAGCCCUGCGAUGACAAGGCGCUGUCCAUGUGCCCGCCGGUGCCUGUCGGCUGCCAGCUGGUGAAGGAGCCGGGCUGCGGCUGCUGCCUGACCUGCGCGCUGGCCGAGGGUCAGGCGUGCGGCGUCUACACGGGCACCUGCACCAAGGGGCUGCGCUGCCUGCCGCGCAGCGGCGAGGAGAAGCCGCUGCACGCCCUGCUGCACGGCCGCGGCGUCUGCACCAACGAGAAGGGCUACAAGUCCGCCGCUGCCGCUGCCGCCGGAGCCGCGACCGGAGAUCGGGAGACGCGGGUGGAGGUGGACAUGACUCCGGACGUGACGGGCGUGGUGCAGCCAGCCAAGAUGCCGCUGCAUCCCAAAGACAUUGUGAACAGUAAAAAAGUGAUCGCAGUGCACAAAGAGCGGAAGAGGAAGCUUGGCAAGCAGCGCUCCUUCAGCGCCGGCGUGGAUUAUUCCCCCAUGGACAUCGACAAGCACGAGCCUGAAUUUGGUCCCUGUCGGAGGAAACUGGAUGGGAUCAUCCAGAAAAUGAAGGACACUUCCAGGGUCAUGGCGCUGUCUCUCUACCUUCCCAACUGCGACAGGAAAGGCUUCUUCAAGCGCAAACAGUGCAAGCCGUCUCGUGGCCGCAAGCGCGGCAUCUGCUGGUGCGUGGACAAAUACGGCGUCAUGCUGCCGGGGACAGACUACAGCGGGGGGGACAUUCAGUGCAAAGACCUGGAGAGCAGCAUCAACGAGUGAAAGCCCCGGCCCCUCUCCCCCGCCCCCAUCGCCGUCACAUGACCCGGGGCCCACGCAUCUUCUGAGUCACACCUGUAUGCUCCGCCCUCUGCUCACACCAACAACCUGUUUUUACCAGAGACACUGAGAAAAAGCACGAUUCUCUGCUUACAGAGACCACUUCGGAUCCCCACCUCUUCAUUUGACUGUAAAAAAUUCACCACAAGAAGAAGGAGGAGAAAACCGAGCAGCUGUGUGUGGUGGGAUGGAGAAUUGGUUGAGAAAUGAUUGGUUUCUGGUUUUUCUGGGGUUUUUAGAGCACUUAUAGAAGUGGAUCCUGAUUAGAAACCUGUGUGAAAGUGUGACGGGUUGGUGUGUUCCAGAGUGAGCCCAUUUCAGAAACAGAACCAGCAGCAGAAUGUUGUAUUUCCUCCUCUUUGUUCGACCGUCGCCAACCCGACGGCCUUCCUCUCCAACGCAGCGAACGUCUUUGGGACUCGGAGCGUUCAGACGGUCGCAGACGAACACGUGAGCGGCUCUUCGACCACGUAGCUAGCCUGACAUGCCAACUGUGCCUAUGAAAGCUGCCGGGCGCCGCGCAGCGCCACGCAGCGCCGUGCAGCGCCACGCAGCACCGCUGGUCAAAUCAAAGACUCAGCUUCAGCGACGGAAAGCACGUUUGAUUUUUCCGAGUUGGGAUUGCUUUCUUCGGGGGGCGGGGGGUCAACCUUGCCGAUCGGGCCGCUUUCCUCUCCAACUGACUCAUUUUUGUGGUUUUAUUUGUGAUUUAUUUGCCUUCAGUGAAGUAAAAGGCCGCCCUAUGUUUUGAGCCAUGUUUCCCCGUCAGUACAACAUAUUCAUGGUGUAUCACUUAAAUAUUCUUUGAGGGUUUUUCCUGUAGAGAAAAGCCAGAUCAUGUAAAGAAAACAAAGACUUUUUGGAAGGUGUCGUGUUGCAGCAGCUCACAGGGCAGUGGGAGUACAGACUGCCUCGUCUCUCAGCUUUCUGCCUUUUUCUCAGCGGAGCGCCGUGAGAACAUGACAUGAGCGGGUCUCCGGACCCGCUUUCUCCUCUGUGCCUUCCUACAAACAGACUAAAGCACUGGUGUGAAAGCGACACCAGGGGGCGAUAUUUAGGACGACGGUCAAGGCUAACAGAGAAGAAUGAUGAAUGUGGUCGGUCCCUUAAAUUCAGCCCGGCUCCGUUUGUCCGCGUUGUUUCAGAACUUCCUGCUCUUCCUUUGAUGACUUAAUAAGCUAAGAUUCUCACUUUUUCUGUUUUUAUGUGAAUGCCAACGAUUGACGGGGAGUUAGGCGGGAAGCUGAGGAAUGCGAGCGGGAAUGCGUGCAUCCAGGGUGCUGUGCAAAAAUCCUACCUGCUUUGAAACAAUUUUAAUCUUCAAACUGGUUUACUGAAUGGCUCUGCGCUUCCUGAAGGCUCUCAUUGUGUUUUAUGACAGACUUUAGUUGCUUGAUGUUUUAUAGUUCAGCUGUCUUCUAAUCAGCAGGUUUCACAGCUAAAAUAAGUUUGACAUGCAGAAAAUAGUUGAUGAACAGAUUUAGCCACAUCGCUGUUCCCUCUAAUAUUGAAAAAAAAAACAGUAAAUUUAUUUCUGCAGAUUGGAUGCAAGUUUAGUUUUCACUUUGACUCUUAAAUUUGUCAUCAUGUACCCUGAUUAAACUAAACUCUUCAAACUUAAACAGUUCAUUUAAAUGAUUGGAUCUAAAAUAAAUCUCUAAAUUAAAACACUUUUUUGGGAACGAAAAUGCAACACUAAAUAUUUAUCUUCAAUUUAAGUUGCAUCUUUCAGAGGUUGGCGCUAACCAAAGAGCUUGUUCCGCAAACACACCACCAACAUGCUAGUUAGCAUAUGCUAAUGCUAAAGUGCUACCCUCAGUUCAAAUUACAGUGACUCUUGGAAGACUGCAAUCCUCUGGAACCAAUUUCAUUUAAAAUGUUUGAUGUUGCCAUAAGACUGUGAAACAGCAAUUGCUAAAAGAACUGAAGUCUUUAUUCACUUCAAAAUAAAAGACCGAAUACUUGAAGAAAACGAUAAAACUUCAACAGAAACGUCUGAUCUGUAAACUGAAAGUUCACAGAUCAAUCAAGUCAAUUGGUAUUUUAGAAUUAACCCAAAACAUUCAGCUAAGGGAAGCUCAGUGUGCUAAGCACUAUUUCGGCUAGUGCUAAAGCUAAAGCUAAAGCGCUUACUUGAAGUGAUAAAAAUCCUUCAACUAUUUAAAUAGUUCUUAACAGUUGAUUACCAAAACUUAAUUGAAAAGGUAAAUUAACUCUUCAAUUUAUUAAUAAACAUCAGUUUAGGGGAAGCUAAGUCUGCUAAAUGUUAGCUAAAGCAAUAAGCUAAAACUUAGCUCCACUAUUAGCAGAAGUAUGCUAAAGGAGAUCAGAAGCUAUUUUCCACUUAAAACCCAUGUGAGACUUAGACUAGCCUUCACUGAUUGGAUUUGAUCGACCCAGUUGGGCGAAUUAUGAUUGAUAAAGGAGCUAAAAUCCAAAGAGAAACUUCAGAAAACUGGAAGAUCUGUUGAUCAAAACCAGCAUCAGCAGAACAUUUAACGGUUUGCUAGCAAAGAGUUAAAAAACGAGGAGUGGUUUAAAACUUUUGCACAGCACUUACACCAGUGGAAUCACGUCAAGCACAGCAAGUUGCCCUUAUUUCACAAACUCACAGCAGAUGCACGACGACGACCCCGAGGUCAGCAGACUAAAGCCUGGCGAACUUCCUUCCUGCAGCCGCGUUUCGAGUUAAAGUGACAGGGGCCGCCGACGCCCAGGCCUGGAUUCAGAUCGCAGCAACGACUCUUUGGGUUUGGAGACGCUGCGGCGAGACACAGAGGAUGAGGACGAGGAAGAGCGAGCGAGCGAGCGCCGUGGUCGCUGCCAGGCGUUAGCCACGGCCUGCAUGAGGGAGUCGCUGAGUUCACCGCUUAGAUCCAGUUAGAGACAGAAACAAGGAGUUCUGGGAAACGUCCCGUCUCCGUGGGGUUAAAGGUCAUUAUUCAGUAGGACAGUUAGCCGCUCAGCUUGUUUGUUCAGAGUACAUAACAGACUUUUGGUGGUAAAGACAAUCGGGCUUCGUAAUUUGGUGUUCUGAGACAGAGCCAUCGGUGGCAGCGGGAAAUAUUGGUCAGUAUUCGGAGAGACAGAUUAAAAAAAAACCUGAAAAAAAUCUCAAAUUAUAAAAGUGAAUAUCACUGUGUAAUAUUUAUUCAACUUGUAAUUUAUGUACUCUUUUAACCUUUGUCUUUUUUGUAAUGACAAAGCAUUUAUUUAAAUAAAGUUAUGUAUUCAUUUAA